AGGAGAAGACGAGACUGGUAGAAGAGGGGAGAGAGAGAGAGAGAGAGAGAGAGAGAGACACACACAAAGAGGGAUUGCAUCAUCUAACGUAACUCUGUUCAAAAAGUUCUUCGGUUUUGAGCUUCGAAUCUGUUGUUUUCCCCUGGAAGAACAAGUUUUCUAGGGUUUUUAGGGUUUUCUGUACGUCCAAAUCUCCCGAUUUUAGAAAAGAUUUAGGCCUUUUUAAUCUAGACAGUCUUGAUUCUCUUCCGUAUUAGUUAUCUAGAGCAAGAAUUUGAAUCCAAAUAUCAUUGUUACGAUUUUUAGCUUCGUUUGGUACGGUCUUGCUCUCCUUGGAGGUAUUUGGUUCAAUCGAUUGAGUUUGUACAUCCAAUGAACGAUCAGUCUCAGAUGAUGAGUCAGUCUCAAAUGUUGAAUCGUAGUUAUGGAAUAUGGCCGCAGCCACCUCCGCUGCCACAACCUCCUGAAGAUCCUGUUAAGUUUCAAAAUGCUUCACGGCAGGCUUUUUUGGCGACGAAACCAGGAAGAAGCAAUUGGAAGGGAAAAAAGCUCGUUGAUAAACGGAAAGGCCGGAAAGAGAAGGGCGUAGUCAUUAGUGGCAACGCUAUCUUUGGUGGAGUUGGAGGUUAUAACCCCCCAACCCUUCACGAAUUACAGUCUCAGAACCGAUUGAAUGCUCGCAGGUUCUACCCGAAGAAGAAAUUCAAUCGUUUUGCUCCAUUUGCUCCGAGGAACACGACCUCUUUUAUAAUUCGAGCAAAGAAAUCUGGUGGAAUUGCCUCACUCGUCUCCCCCUGCCCUGUGACCCCAGCCAUUCUCCCGACUCCGAUGUUCUCACCGUCGAGAGAGGUUCUUGGUGACAUGGCCAAGGAAGAGUGGGGGGUUGAUGGUUAUGGAUCAAUGAAGGGUUUGAUCCGGCUUCGAUCGCCGGGUCACGACAUCCGUGAGGACGUACGUGAUGAUGAGGAAGAAGAGGAAGGAGGAGGAUCCAGCGAGAGUGAUGUGGAAGAGCAUGUUGAGGUGGAGAGGAGAUUGGAUCACGAUUUGAGCCGUUUUGAGAUGAUUUAUCCAAACUGUGCCGACGAGCAUGCGAACUUACUGGUGAAUCGUGUGGAUGAUCAAGAUACUCACAUAGCACAGCUGGAGGAGGAGAACCUGACACUGAGGGAGCGGCUUUUCUUGAUGGAGAGCGACUUGUUGGACUUGAGGAGGAGACUGCAGUGCUUGGAGACGGGAAAUCGAGCGCAGGAUAAAAACCACGCGGAAGCGUCAGAGAACGUAUCAGAGAAUGAAGGGGGUGGGGAUGUCUCUUCAGAGAAGAGCGUUGGCGACGGUGACUGAUUUUAAUCGUCUCGCGUUGAUGUGAGUCUCUUCUCUGUACAGAUUUUAUCUGGGGAUUCUUAUCUCUAGAUGUUGUCUGCGAAAAAUUUCUGUAUAUAUUACAUCUUAGGAUGUUAGCCUUGUCUACUUGCUUCCUUCUUUUGUUCUUUUUGUUAAUCUGACCUUGGUCUUAGAAAACUUGUGGACGACUUUAAUCCUAAUCUGAAAAAAAUGGGACAUAGUAUUACACU